UCGAAUUUUAACAUUUAUUUUGUGAGAGAUUUUAUCGAUAAGUUAGUAUAAAUUAUCGAACAUCUUCUUGUAAAAAUCAGUUAAGUUAUCGCAUUAGAAUAGAAAACAUCAUGUCUAACCAUCUGGUUUUAAUUUGUUCGACACUAUUCGUGUAUCAAGCAGCAGCAUCGUUUUACCCAGGUCAAAGAAAUGCCAAUCCCCCGUUUAAAAUCACUCAAUACACGGUACCAGCUGCAAAAGUGAGUGCUCCCAGCUCUACUUAUGGAGUACCCAAUCUUGUUUACGGAGUUCCAGUGGUCAACCCACCACCUGUCUCUUACGAUGGCCCAAUAGUUAAAUCUCGCUACGUUCAGUACACUAAGACAUCGAACAAGAACGGACUAGUAAGGGCGAAAAAUGUUAAAAGUAUAAAACUGUACAGUGCACCACAAGUAAGGACACCAAAAACUGAAUAUGGAGUACCAGAAGUAAGAAAACCAAAAAUUGAAUAUGGAGUACCAGAAGUCAGAGCACCGAAAAUCGAAUACGGAGUACCAGAAGUAAGAGAACCGAAAAUCGAAUAUGGAGUACCGGAGGUAAGAGAACCGAAAAUAGAAUACGGAGUACCUGAAGUAAGAGAACCAAAAAUCGAAUACGGAGUACCAGAAGUAAGAGAACCAAAAAUCGAAUACGGAGUACCAGAAGUAAGAGAACCGAAAAUCGAAUACGGAGUACCAGAAGUAAGCGAACCAAAAAUUGAAUAUGGAGUACCAGAAGUCAGAGCACCGAAAAUCGAAUACGGAGUACCAGAAGUCAGAGCACCAAAAAUCGAAUACGGAGUACCAGAAGUCAGAGCACCGAAAAUCGAAUACGGAGUACCAGAAGUCAGAGCACCGAAAAUUGAAUACGGAGUACCAGAAGUCAGGGAACCGAAAACAGAAUACGGAGUACCAGAAGAAAUUAAAGAACCAGAAAUCGAGUAUGGAGUACCGGAAGUAAGGAAACCGGCCGUCGAAUAUGGAGUACCGGAUUUUGAAAUACCGUCAACCAGUUACGGAGUACCCAUCAAGGUUCCCCAAACUGAAUAUGGUGUUCCAAAUUUCUAAACUCUUUGUCGAUGUGUAUGUUAAAGUAUAAAUAUAUAUUUAUUAUGUUGUUG